AUGCGCGGCGAAGUGUGUAUUGGAAGUGCUUCCGCACUCUCUUUUAUUUCCUUGUUACUUCUCAUAUUUGCUCAUGUGGGCCAAAUCAAUACAGACACUGUGCCACGCAAGAUCUCGCUGGUGACAGUGAACAUGACUGGAUAUGCCCGAGGUCUGCAAGGAGCGACUGGAGACCCAACACCAGGCCUCUUUACCAAUGUCUCAACCACACCCCUAGGUACUGAAGCCGGACUGCGGAAUAUUUACUCGUGGGGAUUUUACAAGUACUGCGCUUAUGCCGAAGAUGGUAUUGGGUUGUGCACCAACCAGACAUUCGGAUUCCCGUUUCAGCCAUUUGACGUUAUCCUCAACGACACCCCAGAAGUUUACCAGAUUCAGACCCGAUAUGUUCUCCCCCAAGCUUCGGCCUUUGUUGACUCUGCUUAUUUGGCCGAUUACACAAGAGCUGGUUUUUGGCUUGUUUUCCUUGGCACACUUGCUGCUGGGAUCGCGUUCCUUAGCGGGCUCUACAAGUCCACGAUGACGUUUAUGAUCUCAACUGUCUUCAGCAUGUUUGGAGCCGGAUGCUUGCUCAUUGGAGCAUCGAUAUUGACAGCCGUCUUAAACAAGGCCAAGUCCAUCAAUAACUACACGGUCGCCGAUGGAACCCCGCUGGGAAUCAUAGUAUCUACCGGGUCAUCCCUUUCUCUAAUCUGGGCUGCAUUUGUGCUGCUUUUCAUAGCCAUGGGACCGUAUCUUGUCAGGUACGCGCUAGCCCGAACACACCGAAAUACGAUCGCUUACCCAUCCGCUUGUUUCACAGCUGCUCGACCUACCGUAAAUGAAAGGUCCAGGACUUGA